CUCUUUUUAACCUCAAACAAUAAACAAAGACAACUAGUGAUCUCAUUAUUCAAAACAACUACAACAGCUUGUUGAACGUAAACAAAGGGGUGUUAUCCUAUAUUGUAGCGGGAAAAUCAAGUUUCGUGAACGGUUUAUUUGGCUGUCAAACAUAAGGGUUGUUGUGUUGUUGGGGCGUUAUGGAAGUUGAAGUGGAAAAUUUGCCCAGAAGGUCUCUAAGGCUGGCCCUUAGUGAAAUAAACGAAAGGGCCCCUGAAGAAAGCACCCCCAGCAAAACUACUAAUGUAGAGGAAUUGCUGGUAUUGCAAAGGGGACCCAGAAAAAUACCAAUCACUUGGUCUCCUGUAGAAUAUAACAGGACUAAAUUGUUGGGUCCUCCAAGGGACAAAACUCCCGAGCCGCAGCCGCGCAAGUCCGACAUUCAUCCGCGAUUAAGAAGGAGAUUGAUUAUGUCUCCUGAGAAAAAUCAAUCGCAGGAAUUGGGGCACUUUAUCGCCAAGAAAUUGAAGAACUUGCAACAGAAUCUCGAGGCUGCCACAGUUAAAGUCAACUAGAAGACUGAUUUGUUUUUAAUGUAUUGUCCAUUAGUGCCUUAGUAUGAUAAGUUUUAGCAUAAUGUCUUAGUGUUUUUCAACACUUGAAAGUAUUUUAUUAAAUAAAUAAAUGGAAAAUUGUUUUAUAGAUAUAU